AUGGCGAGCUGCGCCCCGUUAUCCCUGCUCUACGCCGCGGCGUGUCUGCUGUAUUCUGCCGCCGUACCCCACGAUUUCUGGGCUCCCCGAGAUCCGGAAUCCGUACAGAGAGCCGUAGAGAUCUACAAUGCGGAACAGAUCACCGGAUUCCUCUAUAAACCUCUCCCAGUCAAACCUCGCCAGCCGCCGGCCGACACGGUACCCGGCGGCGUCCUGACGUUUCUGAUCAAAGAAACCGUCUGUUCAAAGUCAACUCAACAACACAUCGGCGAGUGUCCCUUUAAGGAGGACGGGGAGGUAAAAAACUGCACGGUUUCUUUCCAUGGAUCUGAAGACAUAACAGUGACCUGCAGCACGUUGGCGGAUACGAAUAACGUUUCUGACAAUUAUCUGACGGAAGAAAAUGUGAGGACGAAAAGUAGCAAAAAACUUGCGAGGCGCAUGAAGCGGCGCAGCCUUAAACUGUCAAAAACCAAGAGAACGCUUAACGGAACUUCGUCCGACGGCUCCCAGUCUUCGUUCUCCUGCCUACAAUGUAUUUUUGAUAUCCUGUACUAAUAAAAUACACAGACUUUCAUUUUCUUCUUUUUUCACUUAUUUUUCGAGUUUAGAGAAUCGUUUGGAGCCGGAAAUAUUCUUAGAACAUUUGGUGGCUUAAAGCUAAUAAAUCUUGUUAAAUCUAGAAUAUUUUGCAGUUUCUAUGGCAACGUCAUAUCCGUGACAAUUAACUUGUUCAUGGAAAAAAAAAAAA